AAGUUCAUUUGAGAAUCCUCACACUUGCACAUCUUGGUAAGAUUGAAGUAGUUCAAUCGAUAUUUUCUAUAAUAGAUCAGCAACAAUUAAUAUAUGUAUAAAGGUUGUUUGAGAAGGUAAUUUUAUGUGAGACAAUGCUACAAUUAAAUGUUGUACAAUCACAAAUAUGGGAAAAAAGGAGGUUACCAGUGAGACGACUUUUCAUACGCAUACUCCAUCUUGUCAAUCAUCAGAAUUGGUCAGUAUGAAAAUUUUAUGUGAAGUAGUUACUACAAAAUCGGUUAGCAAAAUCUUUACUUUUGUCGUGUUUUCUUAAAUAUUAUCACAGAAUGGGUUUUGUCCUUAUUUUUGUGAAUUUAUCUCUCAUAUCUUUUGUGUUAUUCCUUCUGUACGUUUACUUGGAAAAGAGGAGACUCAACAAGUAUGUAGGACACCUGAAUAAAUUUCCCGAACAUCCAUUUAUUGGCGGAAUAAUGGCAUUCAUUGGAAAAGAUCCUGAAGAAAUAACUCAAUAUGCAAUGAAACUUCUCGAGGAAACUCAACUUCCUGCAACAGUGUACGUAGGACCUCUAAAAAUGAUUGUUUUCGUUGAAGAUCCUGAGGAUUUGGAGAUUCUUCUUUCCGAUCCCAAUGCCAUGUCCAAACCCUAUAUGUAUAAAUUUUUCAAGAACGAUCGUGGACUUGUGGCAGCUCCAGUAAACCUUUGGAGGGUGCACAGAAAAAUUCUUAGCCCUUCAUUUGGAUUGAAUGUGAUCAAGACUCUCAUUCCAAUUUUUAAUCAAAAAGCUCAAGUGAUGAUAAGUAAUUUGCGAAAGGAAAAGGAAGGAUCUAACAUCAAUAUUCUCGAACACAUGUACUCAUGCGUCCUUGAUCUAAUCACAACAACUCUUACGGAUGUAGAUAUCGAUGUACAAGAGGGAAAGAACCAAGAUUACCUCAAUGCUGUGAAGGCUGCUUCAUUGGUUGUUGCUACUCGUGUGGCUAAAACAAUCUACCAUAUUGAUUGGAUAUUUGGUUUAUCAAAAAUGUAUAAAAUUCAGAUGCAAUCUAUGGGAGUUAUUCAUAAUUUUUUUGAUAGAAUUAUCAAAAUGAAAUGGGAUUCAUUUGAUGUGGUGGCAGAUGCCGAGCAAGAGAAGCGUGAAGAACUAGCAUUGCUGAAUAAUGAAGAAAUUGAGCAGAAACCUAAAAUUGUAAUAAAUCAACUGUUAAGAUACUGGGUCAAAGGUCACAUUGACUUCACGGAUGUUCGAGGAGAAUUGGAUGUUAUGUUGUAUUCUGCUUCAGACACUACAACCAAUUUAGCUUCUUACACCCUUCUUAUGCUAGCAAUGCAUCCAGAUAUCCAAGAAAAAGCAGUCAGGGAACUGAAACAAGUAUUUACAAGUGAAGAUGUUUCAAUUGACUACGACAGUAUUAAACAGCUGCAGUAUCUUGAUAUGAUUAUCAAAGAAACUUUGAGACUCUUCCCGGUUGUACCUUACAUAGGGAGAGAAGUUACAGCAGAUGUUAAAUUAAAAAACUUUACAAUCCCAGCUGGAUGUGCAGUUGGUAUUCCUAUUAUGAGAAUCAAUCGCAAUCCCAAGACAUGGGGCUCAAAUGCAAAUCUCUUCAAUCCAGAUAAUUUUCUACCGGAAAAUGUUGCCAAAAGACAUCCUUUGCAGUACCUUCCAUUCUCUGGAGGACCUAGGAAUUGCAUUGGAAUGACUUAUGGCCUCAUAGCAGCAAGAACAAUUGUUGCUGGCAUACUAAUGAAUUUUAGGCUUACCACCUCUCUUAAAUUUCAAGAUAUUCGCAUGGUUUUCAACAUUACUCUUCGAAUUAUAAACGAGAAUAUGCUUCAACUUGAACGUCGUCAGGACUUCUGGAGUAGAUAGUUUCACUUUAUUUUUUAUGCCAACCAAUUAACCAUUAUGAUGAAAAGUAUAUUAAAAAAAUUCAAAUAAA